AUGCGUGCGCCGCUGAGCUUGCUGGCGCUCUGCGCAGCCCUGCUGCUGGCCACCGGCGCUGCCGCCAAGUGCACAGAGAACACAGAGGGGUGGGACGACCUGAGCCUGGGCGGCUGCAAGACCUGCUCCGCCGACAACUCGACGUGCGAGGAGUGCUGGCCCCGCUUCUCGCUCAAUGCCGAGGGCUCCUGCGUGGAGUGCAAUGGCAUGGGCGAAUACGGCGCCUACUGCACCCGGUGCGACCCCGAGGACCCCUCCUUUUGCCUGGAGUGCCGCGGCGACGACGAGGGCAACCUCGACUUUGGCCUCUACGGAAAUGAGGAGGGCAAGUGCACGCCCUGCCCGCUGGAGGGCUGCCAGGAGUGCGCGCCCCUCAACGGCACCUGCCAGUACUGCCGGGUGAAGCAGGGCCUGAUCGACGGCAAGUGCCAGGCAUGCGAAGACGAUAGCGCCCUGUUCUGCAACGGCGGCGUCUCCACAGAGUGCUACUCCGGCUCCUUCCCAGACACCUCCACCGGCACCUGCCAGGCCUGCCCCGCCAACUGCGACCGCUGCGCCGGCGCCGGCGUGUGCGACGUGUGUGACAUCGGGUUCGGCCCUGACGCCGCCACCGGCGCCUGCGUGCCCUGCGAGAGCGAGGGCUGCCAGUCCUGCUCCUCCCCCGGCGUCUGCGACAUGUGCGAGUACUUUGUGGGCUACUGGCUGGACGGCGGCGCGUGCCAGAAGUGCGCCGUGAAGCACUGCGCCCAGUGCGACGGAGACGUCGACUUCUGCAACAUCUGCAACCACCCCAAGGGCGAGUACGGGGCCAACCCCACCACCGGCGCAUGCGACAAGUGCGCCGUGGCCGACUGCGCCAACUGCGAGGACGACUACGCCCGGUGCAGGCUCUGCCGCGACGGCUUCUACUAUGAUGAGGCGGCCAAGCAGUGUGUGGCAUGCAGCACCCUUGACCCCCACUGCACAGACUGUGGCGCCAUGGGAUACGGCCCCCAGGAGGGCGCGCCCACGUGCACCGAAUGCGGGCAGGGCUGGGAGGUGGCGGGGGAGUACACCGACGUCAGGUGCAUCAAGUCCAAGGACUGA